CUUCCAUCUGCUGGAUAACUCCUCAAAUACCCGCAAUAGUCACAGCUGGGCCAGGCCAAAACCAAGAGCCAGGAAUUCAAUCCAUGUUGCAUGAAGGGGCCUAAUUACUUAAACCCUCAUCUGCUGCCUGUGGGGCAUGCAUUAGGAGGAAGCUGGAUCAGAAGUGGAGGUAGGGCUUGAACCCAGGCACUCUGUUAAGGGAUGUUUGUAACCCAAGUGGUAGCUUAACCCACUACACCACAUUUACCUAUAUUAAACUUGGGUUAUUUGGGGUUUUUUUGCUGUUGUGUUUCUAUAUAAACUGACUAUUAACCUCUUGUUUGAUGUCAGCCUGCAUAUAUUUUCCCUCAAUCUGUAGAUUUUUUCACUUUUUUUAAAACUUUAUUUAUUUGAAAGGGAGAGUUACAGAAAGAGUGGUAGAGGGGCCAGUGCUGUGCUGACCCAAAUCCAGGAGCCAGGAGCUCCUUUCUGGUCUCCAAUGCGGGUGCAGGAUCUCAAACACUUGGGCCAUCUUUACUGCUUUUCCAGACCAUAGCAGAGAGCUGGAUUGGAAGAGGAUUAGCUGGGUCUUGAACUGGCUUCCAUAUGGGAUGCUGGCACUGCAGAUGGCGGCUUUACGCGCUAUGCCACAGUGAUGGCCCCAGGAAUCCAUAUUUUUUAAAAAAAUUUAAAAUUUUGGGUCACAGUACAAAGUCUUUUAAUGUUUAGUACCUCAAAUAGGCUGCCUGCCAUGUCUGUCCAGGGAGCCAGCCCUGUCUCCCACCUUCAGGCAUUCUAGAUCCUGAGAACUGAAACUCCUCUCGCCACUUGGUACAUGUUAGUAGAUUGGAGAGUCCCAGUGGGUUGGACUGUGACAGUUUUGUUUAGGGACCCUGCCCCUGAGUAUCUGGAUAAAGCCCUUUCAUAGCUGAAUGAUUCAACUAUGCCUGUAUUGUCAAACUGAAUUAGAAAAUGGAAUUUUUUUUAAAUUUAUUUAUUUAUUUGAAAGUCAGAAUUACACAAAGAGAAGGAGAAGCAGAGAGAGAGGUCCUCCAUCCACUCGUUCACUCCCCAACUGGCUGCAAUGGCCAGAACUGCACCGAUCCAAAGCCAGGAACCAGGAGCUUUUCCGGUCUCCCAUGUGGGUGCAGGAGUCCAAAGACUUGGGCCAUCUUCUACUGUUUUCUCAGGCCGUAGCAGAGAGCUGGUCAGAAGUGGAGCAACCUGGAUUCAAACUGGCGCCCAUAUGGGAUGCCGGCACCGCAGGUAGCGGCCUUACCUGCUAUGUCACAGCACCGGCCCCAGGAAAGGGAAUGUAUUAUCCAAUAUGCUACAAGACCUGACAUUUCCUGCCCAAUCUAAUGACACAGCACAUUCCUGUAUGUGACUUGUAAUUUUAUAAACCAAAUGAAGGCAUCCAUUUUUAUGUACUUUCAAACACAAUCACCUGAUCUCUGAACCAGGUUUAUAAGAGUUGUGCUAGGAAUCCCAUUACCAACUGACAGCUUCCAGGCAAGGAGACAGAGGCAGAGUUAGUGAUUAAACCGUGUCAGGAAUCCAGGAACACAGAGAGAUGGCCCUUGGGGAAAAGUGGAGGCCAGCAGAUGACUAAAUGAAAGAGGUUUGAAACUAAGUAUGAAAGCUAUUUAGAGUUGCUGGAACUACAGGGAAAGCUCAGUGAGAGAGUGGACUUCAGCCAUUCUUGUUCUCCAGUGCUCAGCUCAUAGAGCUUGUGAGAAAUUUUGAAUGGUGCUGUACGGUUGGAGUGAUUUCAGUUUAUCAACAGUGUCCUGUGCCUUCUGUCCUAAGUCCUGAGCUUUUCAGCAAGAUGCCUUUCCAAGUUGCAGAUGUACCCCAUGGGACUCAUUUCUAGAAGUUGGGAAAUUUCCCUUCCGUAUUUUAAGAGUCAAGUGGCAACUCGUAGUCCGUGGGUAAGAGACACUUCAGACUUCAUCUUGAACAAAUCUGUUUAAUGGAGGCAGACGACAGCAGGUGCCCCCACGAUCCAUCCGUCCAGGGGCCUAGGUGGAGAAGAAGCCACCGUCGUUCUUUCGGGAGUAACCUCUGUUGGUGGCUGCAGUGUGAGGGGACACUGUGGACAAAAGAGAAAAGGGAGUGGGCUGUGAAUUUCAGAUCCUUCUCCCUUUUUUGGGAACCUCGAAUCAUCACAUGGCUUGGUACUCUGGGGAAGGGUCCUAGAGCAGCUGGGGGAACUGGCAUAUGGAGGGCGGAUGGGAAGUAGUCAUAGGUGUUCCGCUCCCAGGUUUCUGCCCUGUGCCUGCCCUUGCCAGAAACGGUUGCAGGCAUUCUGGUGUAGCAGGUGAAACCACCACUUAGGAUAUCCACAUCCUGUAUUGGAGUGGCUGUUCAAGUCCCAGCUACUCUGCUUCCAAUCCAACUUCCUGCUAAUGCAUCCAGGAAGGCAGCGGAUGAUGGCCCAAGUGCUUGGGUCCCUGCCGCCCGUGUGGGAGAUCUGGAUGGAAUUCCAGGCUUCUGACUUUGGUCUGUUCUAGCCCUGGCUGUGGUGCACAUUUGAAGAGUACACCAAUAGAUGGAAGAUCUCUCUCCCUGUCUUGUCACUCUGCCUUUUAAAUAAACAAAUACAUCUUUAAAAAAAAAAUGAAAGAAAUGCUUGUCCCCUAGACGUAAGACUGAGGUGCUGAACACUUGAAUUAAUUUCCUAGCUCUGUGGUCAACCUGUCCUUUGGAUUAGGUCUGUACAUUAAUCACUGCUUUCCAAGACCCUCAGUAAUCCCUGGUCUUUUCUACCAGUCAGUCACUGCCAAUCUCUCAUUGUCAGAUCCACUUAAAAAGACACCUGUGCCACCCAUUUGCCCACCCAGUCUCCUAACCCUUACCUAUAGAUCCCUGGAUGCUGUGAAUAGACUCCUUCUUUGGGUUGAUCCAGUGUCUGAUGUUAGCCCGGGAAGUGAUAGGGGGUAGCAGAGGAGCGGGUGAAGAUUCUCCAGGGAAUUGGAUCUUGAUUCUAGAAGAUGGUAUGGGGAAAAACAAUGGAGACUGAAAGAUGAGGGAAAGGUGGCCACGUGAGACAUGUAUCAUAAAGCAGCCGAAGGCCCUUAUCCGCUGUAGAAUUAACCAGAUAUUUUGUUUGUUUAUGCAGAGGAGCACAAUCUUGGAGGAUUUCUGUUCAUUGCAGACAAUAAGGAUAUGCAUAUUACAGACACAGAUGUAAAAAAAAAUACAGAUAUUUGUAUUUGUAUAUAAACGAGCACCCGUUGGUGGUUACUUCCCAGGUGACAUUCUACCUUCUGUGACUGGACGGCAGCAUCCCAAGGGUGAAGAGGCCCUGCCUCUGCCACUUACCCGUGGAUGGUCUCCUCGUGUAAUAGUACCUCACUUUUGUCCUUGAACGCCCCGGUAUGGUGGUUGUACAGGGCUGCUAAGCGGAAGUCCAGGUCAUCCUUUGGUGUCUACAGGGGAAAGUCAAUCCCCCAGGGUUAACUUGGCCCCCUGUGCCUUCACUCUCAUCAAGUGCUGUUGGCUUUACUCAUCCCCAAAAGAAAAGUGAAGCCCCUCUGUUGGGACUGAACACCAAUUUUGUUACAUGCCAAAUUGUAACCAUGACUUCUGAACUCUUGUCAGUAUGGAACUGUCUCCAUUGAAGUCAGGUCUAAAGAGUGGUGACUCACUGGGGACGUGGAAAUAUCCUUGAUUUGGCCUUGAACUUGACCUCAUUCAUGCUUACAUUCAUGAAAAACAUGGGAAAGUCUAUUAAAAUUAUCUGCUCCUGGUAAUGGAGCAAAAUCCAAGCUUUCUGACCUAGAGGCCAGAUAAAUUAGUUUGGUUUUGGAUUUGGCAGGAUUUUGGGUUGGGGACAAAAGGAGAGAUACAGACAUAGUCAAGUCAGACUUCCUUUUAAAAGGAAUAUUAAUGAGUCCUAAAGUGGGUGUCAAGAGAAAAGUAUUUCAGUGCUAGCUACCUUGGGGUCAAAAAAAUAGGCAUCACGCCUCAUGGAGGUAAUUGUGGGAGUGGAGUUGAGCCGGCUCCAGGGUUCUUGUUGCUGAGCCAGAUGAGUUGGAUUCUUGUACGGCGGUUUCUGCAAAAGAGAAACCCCCUUCAGGACCUGGUCACAGGGGACCUGGCUGAUGCGGUAGCCUCAAUGACAUCAUUUCCUUAUUCCAUCCUGUUUCAAUCGACUCGCAGAGGAAAGUCUGCGAAGAGAAUGAUAUGAGGCAGGAUCUCCCAGGCUUUUGAUCUUACAUUUUCUUAGAACUGAUAGAAGGGGCUGGUGUUGUGGUGUAGUGGGUUAAGUUGCUGCCUGCCACACCAACACUGCCAUCGCAUGUGAGUGCUGGUUUGAGUCCCCACUGCUCUGCUUCUGAUCCAGCUCUUUGCUAAUGCACCUGGGAAAGCAGCAGAAGAUGGCCUAAGUGCUUCGGCCCUUUCCACCCACAUGGGAGACAUGGAUAGCCUGGCCCAAAGAUAGAAGAUUCUCUCUCUCUCUCUCUCUCUCUCUCUCUCUCUCUCUCUGCCUCUGCCUCUGCCUCUGCCUCUCUGUAACUCCAACUUUCAAAUAAAUAAAUAAAUCUUAAAUAAAAAGAGAAAUGGGCCAGGAAUACAGGGAAAGGAGUGGAGUGGAAGAGGUGGGAGAAGUGUGGGGAGCAGAUAGGAAAGAUGAUGCGCUCAGGUUUAAAUGUCCUGAGUUUGAAGGACAAAUGAGACUUCAAAUGCAAUUAACAGGUAGAAAAUUGGAGGCCAGGGGCCGGUGCUGUGGUGUAUCAGGUGAAGCUGCCACCUGCAGUGCCAGCAUCCCAUAUGGGCACUGAUUUGAGUCCCAGCUGCUCCACUUCUGAUCCAGCUCUCUGCUAUGGCCUAGGAAAGCAGUGGAGGAUGGCCCACAUCCUUCAGCUUCCAGGCAUGGCAAGACAUCUUCCACCCACUGUCAUCUACUCUUAGCUGUCACUUAAAUGUUUCACGGGCUCUGCAAAAACAGCAUCCACACAAUUGAUCUCGACAUCUUUCUCCCCAAACCUGCAUCCCUGAGGUGCCCCAAUUCAGUGAGUGGUGUCAGUUAAGCCCUCAGAGGCCUAGGAGUUAUGCUGGACUAGUUUCUUGGGCCCAUAUCCGUCAGUCACCACAUCCCAUCAGGCCUCCUCUUGGCCUUGUUCUCACAUCUGCAUAUUAAUCACCAAUCCCUGUGUUGCUGCUCUAGAUUCAUUAUCCUUCCUCUUGGAGCUCGAUGCACCUGCCUUCUCACUGAUCUCUUUUGUUCCACUCCCAUUCUGUCCCAUCUACUGCCAUUUGAUUCUGUCACUCACUCCAGGAUGAAAAUCUAGCUCACUAGUGUGCACACAGCCCACCGAGGCCACUUCUCCAGCCCUGAUGUCUCCACACUUCCAUUUCACACCCAUACUUCAACCCUUCAGGACUAUGUGUAGUUCUCCAAAGAGGCCACACACACACACAUUUUUCCUUGAGUGCACCUGCUGAUUCCUUUGCCUUGACUGUCUGGUUCCCAUUUCCUUCUUCUAACUCACAUUCCACCCCUCCCUCACCUGGCCCAGCUAACACGCUUGUCAAAACUCACCUGCUUUAGAAAGCUUUCCUUUUCCUCACUGCCCCCAGGUGCUAUAUUGUGCAAACACUCUUGCUCUUGUCUUUUCUACUUGACUUCUUUGAGAGUAGCAGCUAUAUCUACUUUAGGUAUCACCAGUGUUCAGCAGGCUGCCCAGAAUGUAAUAAAUAAUAAAUGCUUAAUAAAUAAAAUGAUCUUUGACAUUGUCAAGCUAUAGUCACUGAUUAAGCCAACUUAUUUUUGCAACACUUGGAAUAUUUCAAACACUUAUAGCAGAAAAAAAAAAAAAAGAAGAUGGUUCACCCAAAUCACUGAUCACAAUCGCACUCAAACACAUUCUGGCAUUAACCAAAAGACAGAGGGCAUGAAGACGUGACCUGGUGGCUUUCGCAAGAUUCCCUCCCACUCCAUGUCUCCUUUAUCUUUGGAGGACAGUUUCCAAAUGGAGGGAGGGGCUCGAUGGAACCUAGCCCCUCCUAUCACUCACACUAAUCAAUACUUUGAGCUUUAUCUCCCUCUGCUCAAAAGCACCUGGGAACCUUUAGCCAACUUGAAGAUGGGGACUAGGGGGCGGGGGCAGGCCGAAAAGAGACUUCUCUGGUCCUGUGCUCAGUGUCCUCACCAGAGUUCUUUCCAUUACCAUCUCUGCCAAUCGCACUAUCAGAAACGGGGCGGCUUGGCCAGGUUGAUGGAAGCUGUAAGAGAAACCAUCGUACCUUGGAAGCCUGCUGUUUUCCCAGGAAAGGAGCCAGUGAGGAUGUCAAAACACGUGUAGCGCUCGGAGGUACUGCCGGCUAGGGCGAACUCUCCUUGCUUAACCUCGGCUUAACGACACGAAUCCCAGGGCUUCUCACAGAGCCGCCUGUAACAGCACGGAUGGACUUGGCGGGAUGCAGGUGAAACAGCAGCCGCACCACCUGAGCCGCUACUGCCGCUCUCUCUGGACUACGCUAUGGCUGAUCCCGGGCACCGCCGCCGUCUCUCCGCCUGGGGCAGGGGGAAGGUUGAGAGGCGCGCACUCCGGCUUCUGCGGCUGCUGCUCUGGGCUGGGACCGCCUUCCAGGUGACCCAGGGAGCCGGACCGGAGCUUCACGCCUGCAAAGAGUCCGAGUACCACUAUGAGUACACCGCAUGUGACAGCACGGGUUCCAGGUGGAGGGUCGCCGUGCCGCACACCCCGGGCCUGUGCACCAGCCUCCCUGACCCCGUCAAGGGCACCGAGUGCUCCUUCUCCUGCAAUGCUGGGGAGUUCCUGGAUAUGAAGGACCAGUCCUGUAAGCCAUGUGCCGAGGGCCGCUACUCCCUGGGCACGGGCAUCCGCUUCGACGAGUGGGAUGAACUGCCCCACGGCUUUGCCAGCCUCUCCGCCAACAUGGAGAUCGACGACAGCACCAACGAGUCCACCGAGAACUGCACUUUGUCCAAGUGGGUUCCCAGGGGCGAUUACAUCGCCUCCAACACGGAUGAGUGCACAGCCACGCUGAUGUACGCUGUCAACCUGAAGCAGUCCGGCACGGUCAAUUUCGAAUACUACUACCCAGACUCCAGCAUCAUCUUUGAGUUUUUUGUUCAGAACGACCAGUGCCAGCCCAACGCCGAUGACUCCAGGUGGAUGAAAACCACCGAGAAAGGAUGGGAAUUCCACAGCGUGGAGCUAAAUCGAGGCAAUAACGUCCUCUACUGGAGAACCACGGCCUUCUCAGUGUGGUCCAAGGUUUCCAAGCCUGUGCUGGUGAGAAACAUCGCCAUCACAGGGGUGGCCUACACAUCUGAGUGCUUCCCCUGCAAACCCGGCACCUACGCCGACAAGCAGGGCUCCUCCUUCUGCAAACUUUGCCCGGCCAACUCGUACUCCAAUAAAGGGGAAACCUCCUGCCACCCGUGUGACCCUGACAAAUACGCAGAGAAAGGAUCCUCCUCCUGCAAAGUGCGCCCGGCCUGCACAGACAAGGAUUAUUUCUACACACACACGGCCUGUGAUGCCAACGGAGAGACGCAGCUCAUGUACAAGUGGGCCAAGCCAAAGAUCUGCAGCGAGGACCUCGAGGGCGCAGUGAAGCUGCCCGCAUCCGGCGUGAAGACCCGCUGUCCCCCCUGCAACCCAGGCUUCUUCAAAACCAGCAACAGUACCUGCGAGCCCUGCCCCUACGGCUCCUACUCCAACGGCUCUGAUUGUACCCACUGCCCAGCGGGGACGGAGCCUGCCAUGGGGUUUGAAUACAAGUGGUGGAAUACGCUGCCCACAAACAUGGAAACGACCGUGCUCAGUGGGAUCAACUUCGAGUACAAGGGCAUGACAGGUUGGGAGGUGGCUGGCGAUCACAUUUAUACAGCCGUUGGCGCCUCGGACAAUGACUUCAUGAUCCUCACUCUGGUUGUGCCAGGAUUUAGACCGCCUCAGUCGGUGAUGGAAGACACAGAGAACAAAGAGGUGGCCAGGAUCACGUUUGUCUUUGAGACCAUCUGUUCCGUGAACUGUGAGCUCUACUUCAUGGUGGGCAUGAAUUCCAGGACCAACACCCCCGUGGAGACGUGGAAAGGUUCCAAAGGCAAGCAGUCCUACACCUACACCAUCGAGGAGAACGCCACCGUGAGCUUCACCUGGGCCUUCCAGAGGACCACCCUUCACGAGACAGGCAGAAGGUACACCAACGACGUUGCCAAGAUCUACUCCAUCAAUGUCACCAACGUCAUGGAUGGCGUGGCCUCCUACUGCCGUCCCUGUGCCCUAGAAGCUUCUGACAUGGGCUCCUCCUGCACCUCUUGUCCUGCCGGUUACUACAUCGACCGAAACUCCGGGACGUGCCACUCGUGCCCCCCUAACACAAUCCUGAAAGCCCACCAGCCUUACGGUGCCCAGGCCUGCGUGCCCUGUGGUCCAGGGACCAAGAGCAACAAGAUCCACUCUCUCUGCUACAAUGACUGCACCUUCUCCCGCCAUGUUCCCUCGAGGACUUUGGACUACAACUUCUCGGCUCUGGCAGACAUCAAAACUCUGGCUGGAGGGCCAAGCUUCACUUCCAAGGGGCUGAAAUAUUUCCAUCACUUCACCGUCAGUCUCUGUGGAAACCAGGGUAAGAAAAUGUCCGUGUGCACUGACAACGUCACCGACAUCCGGAUUCCCGAGGGCGAGUCCGGAUUCUCCAAAUCCAUCUCAGCCUACGUCUGCCAGGCAGUCAUCAUCCCCCCAGAGGUGACGGGCUACAAGGCCGGGGUGUCCUCGCAGCCUGUGAGCCUGGCUGAUCGACUAAUUGGAGUGUCAACAGAUUUGACUCUGGAUGGGAUCACCUCCCCUGCUGAACUCUUCCACCCAGAGACCUCAGGAAUACCAGAUGUGAUCUUCUUUUAUAGGUCCAAUGAUGUGACCCAGUCCUGCAAUGCUGGGCGCGCGACCACCAUCCGCGUCAGGUGCAGUCCGCUGAAGCCCGCCCCAGGAGUUCUGUCGCUGCCAAACUCAUGCUCCGAGGGGACCUGCGACGGCUGUAACUUCCACUUCCUGUGGGAGAGCGCGGCCGCUUGCCCGCUCUGCUCGGCCGCUGACUACCACGCUUUCGUCAGCAGCUGUGUGGCUGGGAUCCAGAAGACUACUUACGUGUGGCGAGAGCCAAGGAUCUGUGCCGGGGGCAUCUCCCUGCCCGAGCAGAGAGUCACCAUCUGCAAAACCAUCGACUUCUGGCUGAAAGUGGGCAUCUCCGCGGGCACCUGUACUGCCAUCCUGCUCACAGUCCUGACUUGCUACUUCUGGAAGAAGAAUCAAAAACUGGAAUACAAGUACUCCAAGCUGGUGAUGAACGCCACGCUCAAGGACUGUGACCUGCCCGCAGCUGACAGCUGUGCCAUCAUGGAAGGGGAGGACGUGGAAGACGACCUCAUCUUUACCAGCAAGAAGUCCCUCUUCGGGAAGAUCAAAUCAUUUACCUCCAAGAGAACUCCUGACGGGUUUGACUCGGUGCCACUGAAGACGUCGUCAGGGGGCCCGGACAUGGACCUGUGAGAGGCAUCGCCUGCCACACCGGCCCCCUCACCUUGGCACAUCCCCUUCAGAGCCCAUGGCGAUUUGGGUGCCGGCGUCCUGCGAUCAGAGCCCGCUGCUGGAAAUCUCUUCAUUGUGGCCUUAACAGAAGAAGUUCGAAUUUCAGAGCUUUGGGUUUUUAUUUUUUGUUUUUUGUUUUUGUUUUUUUAUGGAAUACCUAAACCCUCCUUUCUGCUUGUCUCGAACCUGCCAAAUACACCCACACGUUGUUUAUAUACACCCCCUGGCUUGCAUCUUGUUUCCUACCGUGGCCCAGCCGCUGGAGCCACAGCUCUUCCCCCACCCCUCGUCACUC